GCCUUCUUGCUUCUUCCAUUGUUUUCUGAAGGAGGGAAAUAAGGUCGUUUGUGGUUUGCUUCACUCUUUGUCCCAAGUCCCAACACUCCAAUCGGGGGGAAAAAAGGAAGAAUUAGAAUAGCACCGGCAAUUAAUCGAAGUAAUUAAUCAAAACUUUUUCCGUUCAACUACUCAUCCCUGCCCUUCGCCUUCACCUGCUCUUUCUGUCGUCCGCGGCAAACACUAAACACACACGUUUCAAUCUCCCCACAUGCUCUGCCAUCUCAGCUGACAACCCAGUCUUCUGCGCUCUCAGUUCAAGGUCGGGUUCAGACUUCAAUCGAGGUGGAAUCCAGCCGGCGCUUCUGAUUGAACAAGAAAGAGGAAGAUCGAAAGGGCGAAAUUUGGGAUUUUGGGUUUGCCUCCUCUCUAUGGACCGGAAUCGAGAAAGUCGACAUCUUUGUUGAUGCCGGAGACGAGCAAGGGUGCCGGCGAAUAUAUAGUAAGGGAGGAGCGGCGGCGGAAACCCAUCGCGGGCGAGAUGCGCCGGGAGAUGCUUGUCUGGGUUCACCCCAAAUGCUUCCUUCUCUUCACUGGCAUUCUAAUUCUGCUCAUUUUCGCCUUCUAUAACUCGCAGACGGCUGAAGAGAAUAGGGAAGUGGAGUAUGAGAUCACUCAUAGAGUAUACUUGGAUAUUGAUAUUGAGGAGCAACGUUUAGGUAGAAUCGUUAUUGGAUUAUAUGGUCAGGUUGUACCGAAAACUGUAGAAAACUUCAGGGCAUUGUGUACAGGUGAAAAAGGCACAGGUGCAAAUGGGAAGCCUCUCCACUACAAAGGAACCCCAUUUCAUCGAAUCGUAUCAGGGUUCAUGAUCCAAGGUGGUGACAUAGUCCACGGAGACGGGAAGGGGAGUGAAUCCAUCUAUGGCGGCAAAUUUCCAGAUGAGAAUUUCAAGGUAAAACAUUCCCAUGCCGGCGUCGUUUCAAUGGUAAAUACAGGAUCAGAUUCAAAUGGGUCGCAGUUUUUCAUCACCACCAUAAAAUCCAGCUGGUUGGAUGGAGAGCAUGUGGUGUUUGGGAAAGUGGUUCAAGGGAUGGACUAUGUAUAUGCAAUUGAAGGUGGAGCUGGAACUUACAGUGGGAAACCCAGAAAGAAAGUUGUGAUUGCAGACUCUGCCGCCCUUCCCAGAUUUCCCACUUCCCUUCCUCUGUACCAGCUGCCCGAAUCCGCCGCUGAGUCAACUCGUAGCCAGAGCAAAACAUUCUCAGUAGCAUCAGCAGACUCCUUUCUCAGCUCCGACCACUGCCGCCCGAUUUGGCGGAAUUCGCAGAUAAAGUUCCCAUCUUUUUCCCUUUCUCAAGCUGUGAUGGGAAGUAGUAGCGAAGAACAAGAGAAAAGAAUCGCUGCCCUUUACGACCCGCCUGCCACUUCAUCAUCUUCCCCAACGCAGCCGCUGCUCUUCAAGCCGCCGCUAGAUGACGAGCACACCUCCGACCCUAAUCCAGAAUCCGACCCGACCCAGUUCCUCCAGAUCUCUUACAACUCCGGUCACCGGCCGUUCAAGGACCUGCCCUUUCUCAUCCUAUUCCUCCUGGUUCUUCUCAGCACUCUCGGAUUGGGAAUCUUCUCAAUCGUCCACAGAAACCCCAAUUACGGCAGCCGUUCGUCUUUCACUUUCGACUCCCGAUCGGCCACCUGCGUUCCCGCCAGCCCGAAUUCAGCUUCCACAGGCGGCAAUUUCUACUAUUUCCUCGUCAAUUCGUUGGGCUCCAGUGGGUUCAUCAGCGGGCUGAUAUGGGCAAUUGUUAUCACGGUGAUCCUCAGCGGACCCAUCUGCUUUCUCCUGCUUUUCUCUCUCAGGCAUUAUACCAAAUACCUUGUGUACGCUUCUCUUCCCUUUUUCAUCAUCAUGCCUGUCUUCUUUAACGUCUACUGGUUCGUUGCAUGCACGCUUAGCUCGUCCUGCAGCGAUGAACUGCCACUGGGUUAUAGGAUUUUCGUCAUGUGUCUCAUCUUUGUGGUGAUCGGGGUCCUUGUUUGGGUUCUAGUUGUGAAUUGGUAUCGGGUUGAGCUGACUAUAAGCAUAAUUGGGAUUGCUGCCGAUGCCCUGUACAAGAAUUUGGGUCUGUUUGUGGCUCUGCCGCUGUUGACGUUUGGUUUGGUGGUAUACUAUGCUCCCUUUGUGGUGUUCUUAGUGUUUGCGAGGUUUAAUGGCAAGAUUGUGCCCAAAGAAUCGAAUGGAGAAUAUCAUUGUGGUUGGAAGGAGGAUAGUUGGGUGCCUGCUUACUUCACGCUUGGGAUAGUUACCUUGUUGUGGUCUUCUGCAAUAAUGGCGGAAGCUCAAGUUUAUGUGAUCAGUGGGACUAUUGCUCAGUGGUACUUCUCGAAGGACGACUCCCCUCCUAAACGUGGCAUAAGAACUUCAUUGCGGAAUGCGUUUGGCCCAUCUUCAGGCAGCGUAUGUCUCUCUGGUUUGAUUAUAUUCAUCGUUCGCAUGGUGAGAGGUGCUGUCGAUAGUGCAAAACGAGAAGAUAGUCCGGGGAUGGUGAAUCUCGUGCUCCGAACAUGUGUCAAUCUGUUCCUCUCUUCAAUCGAGUUUCUGAACAAGUUCACCAUCAAUUUCGUGGCGAUAACUGGGGAAGCCUACUGCACUUCCGCGAGAAUGACUUACGAGCUCCUGAAACGCAACCUUCUCUCAGCAGUUCUGGUGGAGGUUAUCUCUACUCGUAUAUUGGCUGGCAUCACUUUCGUGCUCUCGGCUGUGUAUGCAAUUGUGGUGUGUGCAAUACUGAAGGGUGCCACGAGUCUUGGGACUGAUGCGUACUACGUCGCGAUCCUCGCAUGGUUGGUCCUGAUUGUUGUGCUGGGGUUCUUUGUACAUGUGCUGGACAAUGUGGUCGACACGAUUUACAUAUGUUACGCGAUAGAUAAGGAUAGAGGGGAAGUGUACAAGUCGGAUGUUCAUGAGGUUUAUGUGCAUUUGCCCAUCAGUAGAAACCAGAGGCCGAGCUUGGCUCCUAGAACUGAUGCAGCUGUAUGAGUAUGAUGAGCUACUAUUGCAUAAUCUGCAGAGGGUUUCUUUUCUAACAUUCUGUAACGUUGCUUAGUGUUCUGUUCUUGUUUGAUGAGGUGAGUGUUCAUGGUUGCCCGGUACUGUUGAUCUGUGAAUAUACCUUUUGGGUUGCUGCUGCUGCAUUGUAAAUGUUUGAAGUUAACCGUUGUCUGUUUGUUUGUUGAUUGCAUUUGUGAAUAUUGUCUGUCGUGUGUUUGUUAUAUCUCGACAUUUAGGGGUCGUUUGCUUCAAGAAUUUUAUAACGAGGGUUUUGUCAUGGAUUUGCUAAUUAAAAACCUUGGGAUUUAUUAAGGAUUUUGGGCAUUAUGGAUUUGAGGAAAUCUUUUGUUUGCUGAGCUAUUUGUAUCAUGGAUUUGAUGGUUUUUCAGCUUGUCUCCAAAUCCCAGGGUAUAAGGUGGGAUUUACAAAUUCGUGGGGUCCACGGAUUUGGAGCUCCAAAUUAGUGGACCCCACGGAUUUGGUAUCCUCCAUUUUGGCUCAAUAAACAAUGGCUUUUGGACAAAUCCUUCAUGGGAUUUGAGAACCAAAUC